AUGGUGAAGGAGUACUCGCGAUCCGCCGCCGACACGCACAAAUACAACAAGCCAGAGCUGCUGCGUCCGUUUCCCGUCCUCGUGCGCACUGUCAACUACCUGCUCGAGUUGUAUUCUCCUUUAAGAGGUGAGUGGUCCCUCUCUCCACAUAUCCUCUGUGGCUGAGCGGUUAACUGUCUGGUCUUUCACAUAGACGGUCCUCGCUCAGUACGCACCUUGUUUUCGCGCAUCCUCUGUCAGUUUUCGAGAGGUUCUAGGCGUCCAGAAUGUGUGCAAAAUAAAUUAGAACAGUACCUUAUAAGGGCCACACACGGUUUAAUUUACCCCGGCUGUGGUAGUUUAAUGGUGCUACAAUAUUCCCUUUUGCCGGGCUGGCAACUGUAUGACCAAGAUAAUAAUGAUUAUACCAGACAGACGAGAAGCAGUGACGUCAUCCGAGUUCUCUUCUGUAUUCUCAUUCGUAUCCGAUCGUCUUCGCUCUGUUCGACAAGAUAUGAUCAUGCAGAAUUUGAAUGGAAAAAAUGCGAUUCUCCUGAUGGAGGUGAUAGAAGAAAUCCUUCUAUCAACUACUUUUUUUUCGUGGUUUCAGCAAAUGCUUCCAUUCUACAUCGAAACGGAUGGAUUUUGCAAGAUGGAUAAGUGCUCGAGUUAUGAUCAGAAGCUGCACGAUUUCCAGCUGGAAGAGUGUUUCGGAAGGUUGUUCACAUCCUGCUCUAUUUUAUAAAUUCGGUUUAAUUCAGAUGGCUCGAAGAAGUAUCCUCUUCUGCAGACGUUGUUCCGGACUCGCGUAUAUCCGCAUGCUUCUUCUUCCGACAGCUUCAUUGGAAACCGACGCUGCUCCAAGACCUCCAUCUCUUUCGCAGCAGACUGUCCGCGGAAACGUUUUGCCUCGUUCAAGACUUGCUAACCUCGUUCUACUCCAACAACUACCGUCGCUUCUUCGUCCUGUUCCGGUCGUUGGACCCUCUUCUGCAGCACUCGCUCUCCGACAGCGUCUCUUCCAUGCGCCAAUCUGCAAUGCGUAUCAUUUCAAUAGCAUUCAAAACUCCCGUUGCCAAGGUUCCUUCCCGAUUGAUUUCGGAAUGGCUUGGAUUUCCAGCCAAUCUUGAGUUUUUCGACGCAUUCCUUCGGAUGUACGGAGUUGUUCCUGACGAAAAAGGGAAUAUUCUCAUUGCGUCCAUAAAACCCGUUCAAUUGCCCGAUCUCGAUUUCUUGUCGCAUAAAUACCAAUAA